AUGAAUGAAAGCAAAAAGAAAGGACCCAACAAUGAUAAUAUUAAUUUAAAUUUUAAUCAACUGAUAGAAGAUUCUGCCGAUGCAAAAUCACCACUCAUUAUUAAUAUAAUGGAAGGAGUUAAUAACAAGAAUAAUAAUGAGGAAAUAUUUGAUCAAUCACCAAAUAAUGUUAUUAUUACUGAUGAUUCUCCAUCAGUUACAACUAUUGAUACUAAUUCAUCUUCUUCUUCAUCAUCAUCAUUAAUGGAUAGUGAUUCACCACUCAUUGAUUCACCAACAAUUUCCGAUGAUUCACCUAAAACAAAGCCUAAAAAUAUAAAUCUAUCAUUAUCAUCAGUAGCCUCAUCAUCUUCAUCUACUUCAUCAUCCUCUUCAUCCUCUUCAUCCUCUUCAUCAUCACCAACAACAACAACACAUUCACAAACAAUAACAGUGAUUAGUAGUAAUAAUACAACAUUACAAUCAUCAUCACCAAGUAGUCAAACCUAUGAAGCUAUAGAAAGAAUGGCUUCACAAAGGAAUCAAAGAAAGGCUGAUAGACGUGCACAAAAAAACAAAGGUAAUCAACAACGUGUUGAACCUAUUCAAUCUGAAUUAUUAGAAAAUGAUUGGUUAUUAUCAGGUUAUGCUGAAAAACAAGGAAGAAGAUCAACAAUGGAAGAUGCACUUGUAUGUGAAUUAACAUUUAGACAACAUGAUUAUGCUCAAUUAGAUAACAAGUGA